GAGUUCGUGUAGAAGCGAGUCUGCUCAACAGCUUGUUAUUUGGUGGAUUGUGGCAGUAAAUCGGGGCGAGUGGGGGAACCCGGCGCAGGAACUGCCGCUGCGGCCGGGAGCGGUGCUGCCCAAACGGGGACCCACGGCGAUCGGUGGGGCGGCAGACUGGAGAGCUGACAGCGCUCUGCACCCGCAGUAGCGCCGGGGAAGAGAACUCGAGGAAGCUGGAACCCCACAGGUCACCAGUCAAGAUGAAGGCGGCAGAUGAGCCCGCCUACCUGACAGUGGGAACCGACGUCAGUGCCAAGUACCGAGGGGCCUUCUGUGAGGCAAAGAUCAAGACUGUGAAAAGGCUGGUGAAAGUUAAGGUACUUCUGAAGCAGGAUAACACAACGCAGCUGGUGCAAGAUGAUCAAGUAAAGGGCCCAUUAAGAGUUGGAGCUAUUGUUGAAACAAGGACAUCUGAUGGAUCUAUCCAGGAAGCUAUUAUCAGCAAGUUGACAGAUGCUAGUUGGUAUACUGUGGUGUUUGAUGAUGGUGAUGAGAGAACUCUGAGGCGGACUUCACUUUGCCUGAAAGGGGAGAGACAUUUUGCUGAGAGUGAGACUCUAGACCAGCUUCCCUUAACAAAUCCAGAGCAUUUCGGAACGCCAGUCAUUGCAAAGAAGGCAAACAGAGGGAGGAGGUCCUCACUGCCUAUCACUGAAGAUGAAAAGGAAGAAGAAAGCAGCGAAGAGGAAGAUGAAGAUAAAAGGCGUCUCAAUGAUGAGUUAUUAGGAAAAGUUGUUAGUGUGGCAUCCAUAGCAGAGAGCAGUGAAUGGUACCCUGCUUUGGUUGUCUCUCCCAGCUGCAACGAUGACGUCACAGUGAAAAAGGAUCAGUGUUUAGUUCGAUCAUUUAUUGAUUCUAAAUUCUACUCUAUAGCGAGAAAGGACAUUAAGGAACUAGACGUUCUCAAUCUACCAGAAUCUGAGCUCUGUGCUAAGCCAGGGCUUCGAAGGGCAAGUGUCUUUUUAAAAGCUCGAGUUGUUCCUGAUAAUUGGAAAAUGGAUAUAAGUGAAAUCCUUGAGUCCUCCAGCAGUGAUGACGAAGAGUGCCCAGCUGAGGAACAUGAAGAGAAGAAGGAAAAGGAGGCCAAAAAGGAGGAGGAAGAGCUGCCUGAGGAAGAACUUGAUCCUGAAGAGAGGGACAGCUUCCUCCAACAGCUUUAUAAGUUUAUGGAAGACAGAGGUACUCCAAUCAACAAACCACCUGUUUUGGGCUAUAAAGAUCUCAAUCUCUUCAAACUCUUUAGACUGGUCUAUCAUCAGGGGGGAUGUGACAAUAUCGACAGUGGUGCUGUGUGGAAGCAAAUUUAUAUGGACCUUGGCAUUCCGAUUUUGAAUUCAGCUGCUUCCUACAAUGUAAAAACUGCUUAUAGAAAAUAUCUCUAUGGUUUUGAGGAGUACUGCCGUUCUGCAAAUAUUCAGUUCAGAACUAUUCACCACCAUGAACCAAAAGUAAAAGAGGAAAAAAAAGAUUUCGAAGAAUCAAUGGACGAGGCACUAAAAGUGGUACCGGAAAUGCCUUUAAUGGACGUGAAGAGUGAGCCCGAGGAGAAUACGGACUCAAACAGCGAAAGCGACAGAGAAGACACAGAGCUAAAGUCACCAAGAGGGAGAAGGAAAAUUGUUCGGGAUGCAAAUUGUAUUAAAAAAGAAAUAGAGGAGGAGAAAAUCGAAGACAAAUUCAUCAGAGACGAUAUAGAAAAUAAGGAUGCUGAUGAUGACGACUACGACCCCGCAGAGAAGAAGGAAGACGAGCUGCUGCUCGGGAGGAAGAGCACACCAAAGCACAAAGAGAAGAAAAUUAAAAAGCAAGAGGAUUCUGAGAGAGAUUCAGAUGAAGAGGAAGAGAAAAGCCAAGAGAGGGAAGAAACUGAAAGCAGGUGUGACUCGGAAGGGGAGGAAGAUGAAGACAACACAGAGCCCUGCCUGACAGGAACCAAAGUGAAGGUCAAGUACGGACGAGGGAAAACUCAGAAAAUUUAUGAAGCCAGCAUCAAGAGUACCGAGAUGGAUGAUGGGGAAGUUUUAUACCUGGUCCAUUAUUAUGGAUGGAAUGUCAGAUACGAUGAAUGGGUAAAAGCUGACAGGAUAAUCUGGCCCUUGGACAAAGGUGGACCAAAGAAAAAACAAAAGAAGAAAGUUAAGAAUAAAGAAGAUAGUGAAAAGGACGAAAAGAGGGAUGAAGAGAGGCAGAAGUCCAAACGGGGAAGACCGCCUUUAAAAUCUGCUUUUUCGCCAAACAUGCCAUACAGUUUAUCUAAGACGUCAAACAGUGAAGGAAAAUCAGACUCUUGUUCAUCUGAUAGUGAAGCAGAAGACCAGCUGGAGAAGAGCUCAAUGAGUGAGGACCUUUCUCCUGAUACUAAAGAAGAAUUAGAAAAAAAUGAAAAUGCAAAUGAUGGUAAACUAGAUGAAGAAAACCCAAAGAUUGUACAUAUAUCAAAAGAAAACGACAGGACUCAGGCUCAUCCCUCAGAAACCCUGACCGUGGAGGCGGGGGACAGCGAUCAAAUUGUGCAAAUUUUUGGAGACAAAGCGGAACAAGUAGAAGAACUUAAGAAACAGGUGGAAAAGUCUCCUAAAGGAAAGGGAAGGCGCAGCAAGACAAAAGACCUUUCGUUAGAACUUAUAAAGAUUUCACCUUUCAGCCAGGAGGAAGCCGGCAGCGAGGCUCAUGGGGACGUUCAUAACCUGGAGUUUUCUUCACUAGAAUAUAAAAACUUUACUUCUACUGAAGAUGACGUCGACCAAUAUGAGAAAGAAAGAAAGUUGAAACGGAAAAUCCUGGGACAACAAUCCCCAGAGAAAAAAAUAAGGCUUGAGAAUGGCAUGGAAAUGACAACUGGAGUGUCCCAAGAGAGGUCUGCCGAUGGCGCUGGAGCUGAGGCCAUGAAAGGCACACACGUGGAGCGGCACUUUGAAACAGAAGGUGAAGGGAUGCCAUCACUGACAGCAGAGCCAGACCAGGGCAUCCAAGAACUGACUAGUGAAAAGUCAGACAGUCCAGCCGAAGAGCCUGUGCACACGCCGCUCAGAGAGGAGGAGGACGUGAUGCCGCUGAUCGGGCCUGAGACCCUGGUCUGCCACGAGGUGGACUUGGAUGACUUGGAUGAAAAGGACAAAACCAGCACUGAGGGUGUGGUAGUAGAAGGCUCGGAGUCUCACUCUCUGGGUCCUGCUCCGCCCGCCCUCCCUCCUGUAGCACAGCAUAACUUUUCCGUAGCUUCCCCACUUACUCUCAGCCAAGACGAGUCCAGAAGUAUAAAGAGUGAGAGUGAUAUUACGAUUGAAGUUGAUAGCAUUGCCGAAGAAUCGCAAGAAGGCCUCUGUGAGAGGGAGUCAGCAAAUGGGUUUGAAGCCAGCGUUGCCCCUGGUACCUGUAGUAUAAUUGUACACGAGAGAGAGAGCAGAGAGAAGGGUCAGAAAAGGCCAAGUGAUGGAAAUAGUGGGUUAAUGGCAAAAAAGCAAAAGCGAACCCCAAAGCGGACGAGUGCUGCAGCCAAGAGUGAAAAGAACGGAGCAGGACAGAGCAGUGACAGCGAGGACCUUCCCGCCAUGGACAGUUCCAGUAACUGCACACCAGUGAAACGCCUUAGCCUGCCCAAGACACAAAAGCUGCCCCGUUCUCCUGCAAGAAUCUCGCCUCACAUCAAAGAUGGAGAGAAAGAGAAGCACCGAGAGAAGCAUCCGAAUUCAUCCCCUAGGACAUACAAGUGGAGCUUCCAACUCAAUGAAUUAGAUAAUAUGAACAGUACAGAGAGGAUCUCUUUUCUCCAAGAAAAACUACAGGAAAUUAGAAAAUACUACAUGUCUUUGAAGUCUGAGGUUGCAACCAUCGACAGAAGGAGGAAAAGAUUGAAAAAGAAAGACAGAGAAGUGUCUCAUGCAGGAGCUUCUAUGUCAUCUGCUUCAUCAGACACUGGGAUGAGUCCGUCUUCAUCGUCUCCCCCCCAAAAUGUCCUUGCUGUAGAGUGCAGGUGAUGAACAGUUCUCCACUUCUUAGCAGUUUGCUGCCAUGGACAUAAAUCCCCAAACCCUGAAAUACAACCACAGAAAGCACUCAGCUGGCUAAGUAUAUCCUUCCUGUAUAGUUUCCAGGAUUGUAUCUAUACCCUCCGCUCUUCUUUUUUAUUGUUGCAAAAAAUAAGCUUAUUAAUAAUUGAAGGUUAGAUGGCCUGCCAUAUUGGUCAUAAUUUUUCCUCUGUAUUUUCUUUCCGUGUGUGUGUGUGUGUGUGUGUGUGUGUGUGUGUGUGUUAGAGAACAAAAGGGCACUUAGCAAAAUUGAAUUUGUAUAAUAAAGCUUUCAAGUGUUCUAGAAAUCACAGACAAGCAAGUGCACACGGUAAACGUCAGAACAUUAUCUGGUGAAUAGUUACUGCUGCACUUUGACUGAGCUGCAUUCGAACACUUGGUGAGUAGGGGGUUUAUUUUGUGUUGUUCUUUUAUUAUUAUAAUUAUUAUAAUUAUUAUUAAUGUUGAUUUUUUUAAUUUCAAUUUUUGUGGAAGCACUUGCUAUGUAGAACUGCCAAAGCAUAUGUUCAGCAGUGUGCCCAGGUUUAAAAGUGUAAAUGGGACAAAAUAAAUUGUGAAAGGAAGUGUAGUUGACUGAAAACUGCAGGUGUAAUAAGUCUUCCACUUUUUAUAGGACUUUUGAGCACACAAUUAUGCAAAUAUUUUAAUGUUUAUUGAUGUUUACAGUGGAAUUGUGAAUAAGUUUUCAGUGGACUAUCUUAUCCCUUGACAAAAAUAUUUUGUCUUUUUUCUAUGUAAUUUCAGAGUUUUUAUUUUGUUACAAAAAUACAAAAAUGAAAUAUAUAACAACAAUGAAGUUAUUUAACAAGAUUUCUAAAGCUGAAAAUUUUGUGUAAAAUAAGGUAUUAUCUUGCAACUUGUUAAAUAUAUUUAUUCAGACAUUGGAUGGUUGUAUUUUUAUGUAUUUUUUAAAAUAUUAAUAAAAUUGAAAAAAAGAAAAUUCUAGGUUAAUUCACUCUUUGGAUGGCAAUAGUUGUCAGCUGUCCCUUUUUCAGGGGGCUGCAUCUGCAGCCGUGGGUUCUGGAGGGAGUCUGUCUCAACCUUCCCAAGAGAGCAGCUGAAAGUGGGCAUCUGGGUCACUCAAGUCUGUCCUUGUUUAGAAACUUUGGCAGUCCUCGUAUUUAAACCGUUUUGAGGAUCACAUUUUUGGUUGCCCUUAAGAUGCUUUGUCACAGUUUUUAUGUUUGCUGUACUGCCGAAUAAAUUUAUAUCUCCCAAAGUCGAGAUGCAACAGUUACGUAAAGCCACUAUGUAAGCCUUGUCUGUGAAUUGUUCCACAGACUGAUACAUUUGUAAAUAAUUCUUCCAGAAUCAUGUAUUUAAAGCAGUUUUGCAUAUACAUUAUGUAAAAAAAAGGUGAUUUAAAAAAAAAAAACAAUUUUUAAACUCAUGUUUGUACAUUAAAGGGAUUGUUUUGAAGCCUCCCUUUCUGUGUUUAUAUGCUGUAGUGUGGUAGCCCAGGGGCUGCAGCCCGAGGGCCGGCAGAGGCGCAGCACGCGGCUACGUCAGCAUUACCAAAAUUAUGUUUCUCAGCGUCACCUUGCCACAUUGUGAACCUGUGAUUCAGAUUUCUUCCAUUUUCUCAGAGAAUUAAAACAAAAAAGUACUCUUGUAA